AUGCUGACAGCGAUGUUAAACAUUUUUGUGACAAUCAAACAUAUUUAUGUACAUACAUGUUAAAAUGUACUCUGUAAAACUGUUCAACAUAUUAAUAUUUAUUAUUUAACAUACAAUGAUGGCAUCAAAUAGUAUGGAAUGGGUUGAAAUUAUUGAGCCCAAAACUGGGGAACAUAUGUAUGCAAAUUUAACAACUGGUGAAUGUGUUUGGGAUCCUCCUGAGGGUGUACCAGUAAAACGAACAGAUUCAAAUCAAUGGUGGGAAUUAUUUGAUUCAAAUACAGCACGUUUUUAUUAUUAUAAUGCAAGUACACAAUGUACAGUAUGGCAUCGUCCGAAUAAUUGUGAUAUUAUACCGUUAGCUAAAUUACAAACAUUAAAACAAAAUACUGAUCCUGAAAGUAAGACAACAAUACAACAACAACAAUCGAAUAAUACAAUAAUACAACCAACACAAGUACAUCAAUCAACACAAACGCCAACAAUUAAAGCAUCAAAAAAAGAUCAAAUUUAUGGAAGUAGUAGACAUCGAAAUCAGGAACAACAAAGUCAUCAUUCACAUUCUCAACAACAGCAAGCCGUUCCAUUAAGUUUAUCAGCGAGUACUCCACAAUUACGACGCCGUACAUCGGAAUUAUCACGAAGUAGCAGUUUUGUGACAUCACAAUCACAACAACAGCGAUCUCGUGAUCGUGAUAAACAAACAAAUACAACGACACCACCGUCGUCUAUAAUUACAAAUAGUACAACAUCGACGACUAUAACGCCUCCUUCAACGUGUUCGUCCGAUUUAAUUAAUAAUUAUGAGAAUAGUUGUAUACCAUUGUAUUCGAAUUGGCAUGAAACAACAGAACAAUAUUUAUUACCGUUACAACAUUAUAUAUUACAACAGAAUUCAUUGUUGGGGGGACGGGAAGCGGAUGGACGAAGUUUAAGUGGUUUAGGUGCUAUAUCGGGUUGUUAUCGUACAGGAGAUCAUAUUGAUUCAGAUACGGGAUCAGAUGAUGGUCAUUCGUAUAGUGGAAGUGAAUCAUUAACAGGCCAUGAACCAGACAAUGAAGAUUCGGAUCAAUCAGAAACAAAUAGUUAUCAUCAUCAUAUACCACCGCCAUUAUGUACACCAAGUGCAGAGGGUCGAGGUCCAGGUGCUCUUGGUAGUAGUAUCCAACAAUUAUCAUCCCCAUCCAUGUACAAUAAACAACAACAGCAACAACCACAAUAUAGUAACACAAAAUUAAGUGGCGAGUAUUUAAAUCAUCCAUCGUUUUCAUUAAACAAUCGUUCAGAUCAUCAUCAUCGUGACCGUGGUGAUGAUAAAGACAAACAAGUAACAUCGACCACAGAUAGUAAAUACUUAACAUAUGGCUUUCGUAAUAAUUAUACAUCGACAUCAUCGUCAUUACCCCAAUCAACUCCAUCACAAGUACCGACAUCAUUUAAUAGUUGUCCACGUAUGAUUGAUCAAUCAAAUCAAUCAUCUUCAACGUCAAUCACGCCAGGAAGUGGUGGAGGUCCAGGUGGUCCUGGAGGUAGUUUAUGGUUACAUGAACAGGAGAAUUAUUAUAGUAUUGCUGAAGCACAACAGUCGACAUCAAUUCAAUUACCUGAAAUUGAUAUGGAGAAAUUUGCACAAGAUAAUUUAAACUUACAUAGCAAAGGAAUAUUUCGUAGAAAACAGACGGUACGUGAUAUGCUUAGUUGGAGUGGUGGCUCAAUAAAUCGUGCAAUGUUAUCGAUAGCAUGUAACGACGGUGGUAAACAACAUAAUAAAAUGUGUCGUGAUCUAUUUCGGUUAAUUCAAGUGUACAUGGGUGAUCGAAAAACUCGUGUACAAGGUAUAUCGUGUAAUUCUGUAUUACAUGAUAUACUAACUAUCGCAUUUAAUAAUGUUAAUAUUCGAGAUGAACUAUAUUUACAAUUAUGUCGACAAACAACAGAAAAUCCAAGACGUGAUUCGUUGUUACGUGGUUGGGAAUUGUUUGCUGUAGCAUUAUCAUUUAUACCACCAAGUGUAACAUUUCAACCGGUAUUACAUGGCUAUUUAAAUCGUCACUAUGAUCCAUCAUUAACACGUAUAUUUCCUGAUCCAGAACGUGGACCAAUACAUGUGCGUAUUAGUCAUUAUGCAAUGAUUGCAAUUAAUCGCUUAGAACGUAUUGGACAUCAGACUGGCAAACGAAAAGCGCGUAAACCACAACCGGAUGAUAUUGAUGCGGCUAGGAUACAAAUAUUUAAAACAAGUAUGUUUGGUAAUACUUUGCAAGAGGUCAUGAAUUUACAACGAGAUAAAUAUCCAGAUCGACAAUUACCCUGGGCUCAAGUUGUAUUAAGUGAACAAAUUUUACGUCUAGAUGGUGCUUCUACAGAAGGUAUAUUUCGUGUAUCGGCUGAUGUGGAUGAAGUCAAUACAUAUAAAAAUAAAUUAGAUCAGUGGGAACUAAUAGAUGCGCCGAGUGAUGCACAUGUACCAGCCAAUCUACUAAAAUUAUGGUAUCGUGAAUUAUAUGAACCAUUAAUCCCUGAUACACUGUACGAUGAAUGUGUAUACGAACCAAUGACAAUAGAACGUGCUACAAAUAUAAUACAACGUUUACCACGAAUAAAUCGUUUUGUUUUAUGUUAUUUAAUACGAUUUUUACAAACAUUUAGUCAACCCGCAGUUGUAUCGAAAACAAAAAUGGAUGCAUCUAAUUUAGCUAUGGUAUUCGCACCAAAUUGUUUACGAUGUACUGCAACCGAUCCACGUGUUAUAUUUGAGAAUGCACGUAAAGAGAUGGCAUUUAUGCGUUGUUUAAUUGAAGGUUUAGAUACAAUCUGUGUUAAAGAUUUAGUUUGAUAUCACUUGUUGAUAUCUGUUGGAUAUGUUUUUUUUAUUCAUUUUGUGUUCAGACAUUUUUAUUUGGUUGUUAUUAUUUAAUUUUUAUUUAAAUUUUAUUAAAUUCAUUAUAAAUACAAUUGAACUUCGGCAAAUGAUAAACAUUAUAAAGAAUCAAAAACUAGAAAUAUAACAAGAUGUCUCAGAAAUAAUUUCAGUUUUAGAAUCUCAUCUAUUUGUAUCAAUACUUGCAGGCCCGCGCGCAGGAUUCAUUCUAGGGAUGUUCAAACUUUUUUUCAUCAUGUUGGUCGUAAAGUCAAUAAAAACAACUUACUUUCGAGAAAGAGAACAUUUUAUUAUGUUAAAAUGUGAUAUUAAGGCACUAUUUUUUAUUCUGCGAAGUACAAAAAAAACUUCUCCAAAACUGUAUGUGCAUCGAUCUUCAGGCAUUGUCGAACUAAAGUGUGUUUUGAAACGAAACAAAUUUGAAAAGAAGCAUUCAUUCGUUGCUGUUGUCACAGGCAAAACUGUCAGAACAUUUGGUAGACAUUUGGAAACGCAUCUUCAUUGCAAAUAUCGAGUGCUUCGAGUGAAUUUUUGACGUCCUGUCCGGCAAUGCGUUUUUGCCAAGGCGAACUUCGUCGACCACGAUGUCAUGAGAAUCAUCGUGCAAAAUUGAGUGCAAGAGUCUUCAACCAAAUUCAAAAUCAAUCUUGAAAAUGUGUCAGAAAUAAACUGAAAUAUCAUUGAGAUUCUAAUUUUUUUAAGCAAAGUUAUUAAAAAUCUGAACUUCCACUUAUAUGGAUUAUUCAGGCCAAGUUUGAUUGUAUUUUUAUUAACUAUUAUCAUUCCAUUGAAUAAUUGAUUAUUGUAAUCGGGUUCUCGAAUUAUUGACGUUCGAUUUUCUUCAGAACGAGACUGGAGAUUAUGUAAAACGUAUUCACAUAUCUUGCCGAAUUUUAGAACUUGUAGUCUGUAUAAUAAGGACAAAUAAUAGAAUUGAAUGUGCUUUUUUUUUACUUUCUAAAUGAAGCGUGAAUGAGAAAAAAUACAGAAUUUUUAUAGUG